AUGAGGAAGCACCCUGAUCGCCAGUACCGUGGCUUCUUUAAGCCACCAACUUUCACGUCCUCUGCUGCCGCCACCGCCGCUGCUACUGGUGGUGCCACCACCCAGGGCUCUGCGGAGGGAGGAAGUAGUGCCGCUUCUGGCGAAGGAGGAAGUGCUGGCGCCGCCGGGCAAGUUGGAGAAGGCGGAGCAUUUGAUCUCAACCAGCCAAUUGGAGGAGCCGGCGGUGGUGGUGAAGGAGGGAACGGUGAUGAAGGAAAAGAUUUAGGGUUUGAUCUCAAUAAGCCUGCCGAUGAAGAAGACAAGGCAUGA